CUGACAAAAUACGUUCCUGUUCCUCUUGUACUCUUUUCCAGAGUUUGUAAUGGAGCUCUGUUACCAUCCCCACGUACAAGAAGGACGCAAGGAAAGAAAUUGUAUCAUUGCUUUGGUCAGGAAAGCAGAAAAUGCCGUAAAUAAUGAAGAUUUUGCUAAGACAUACUGUAUCACGAAAGAACUGUAUGGUCUUGCUAAGGACGUUAACAGUAGGCUUCUCAUCCACGGUGAGCUGGAGAAAUGAAAGGAGCAUUUAGCUACGAUUUUCAAUGGUGUGCUACUAGUGAAGUUCCUCCGUGGAUGGUAUGGAAAGACACCAUAACAUACGUUAUGUGUUCAAGCGAAGUAGAACCGCCAAACUUAACAGAAAGCGGAUCCCGCGACUCUAAGAUCUUUCCCAGUAGCUGGGUGAAGGUGAUGUUCGUUGUUUGGGGAACAUCUCGCUAUGACUUUCCCAGCCGGUUUUUGAAAAUUUUUAUUUACUUCAUUUUAACAGCCUCUAAAGGCAAAUUACAACUUUUUUGUAAAAUGAUACAUAUUUCUGACAAAUUUUAA